AUGGAGUCCAACGCUGAGCAAUUGAUUCACCGGUGGUUGGAGAUGGUCUCGGAAGGUCCUCCACCGGAGCCGCGAUGUGAUGGCUUGAAUACCACAAAUUUAGAGCCCAACGGAGGGUUUCCCGCUGCUCUAGAGCCAACCGAUAGUGGCCCAGUCAUUCGUUGGCCCAGAAUCAACAAACGACCCCGAGAGGAAGAUGCAGACUCCGGACAACAGAUAUCCCAUCAGAGCACGGACAACCGGUACGAGAAAAGACCGCGGCGCAAGACUCGAGGAGACAAAUAUGAGUACAAGCGGCCGGGAUCUCCAAGGAAGCGAACAGCUCGGUCCCUCAAGGACAAAGCCAAAAGGGCGCGAACGAGCAGAAAGCAUACGAUAAAUGAUGCAUUUCAUGCAUCUAACGUUGCUCGUGAGAGGCUUACCGUAAGUGGUCCAACCUAG